AAUUUGAUGCUAAUCAUUAUGACACUAAGAUGAAUGAACUGCUUGCCAGUGAUGGGCAAGAAUUCUUCGCCUCAUAUGAUGAAGUCCAUGAUAGCUUUGAUGCAAUGGGGCUGCAAGAAAAUCCUCUGCGAGGCAUAUAUGCUUACGGUUUUGAGAGGCCUUCUGCAAUCCAGCAAAGAGGAAUUGUUCCUUUCUGCAAAGGUCUGGAUGUGAUUCAACAGGCUCAAUCAGGAACUGGGAAGACAACAACAUUUUGUUUUGGAAUUUUGCAGUAG